AUGAAUGCAGAGAAAGUGUGGGAGAAGACCCUCUUCAAGAAAAUCCAGCACCCCUCACCCUGCACUCUCCUCCAUGGUUCCGCCCUCCGAGUGCUGAGCUUCAAUGCUUCCGCUUAUUUCGCCUGGGGCAGGUUCCGCAUUGGGACGUCAGCUGUAGUUCGCCUACUAGGCCUGGUGCCCCAAGGUCUUAGGACGCAUUCCGCCAGGACCCCCCUUCCAGCGGAGUGCGCGAAGCUGGAGGCCAAAGGCCAGCGAAGUCCCAGGAACGCACAAGUCGGGGUGGCGCCGUCGCUGCUGCUGCUGCUGCUGUCUGAGCUGGUGCCAGAGCGCACAGCAGAGAGUCCAUGGGGGCUGCCAGUGAUAGCGGAUGGCCCAGCUUCCUUAGCAAAGGUGGUGAUGGCAGAACUGUCCAGCUUGAAGUUUGAAGAAAAAACAUGGCCUGGAGGGACCCAUUCACUUCACUACCACUACCUAACCCUAUCAGAGCCAUGCCCAGGCCUCCAGAAGUUUCUGGCUGUGGGCUAUGUGGACGACCAGCCCUUCAUCUGGUAUGACAGUUGCAGAGGGAAGGCUGAGCCUCAGGCCCCGUGGAUGGCACUAGUGGAUGCCCAGUACUGGGAGACAGAAACCCAGAAACAGAGGGCCUGGGAGAAGGUGCAGCAGGUGGAGAUGUGGACAGUGAUGGGCUACCACAAUCAGAGUGGCGGUACACACAGUGCUCAGCGCAUGUUUGGCUGUGAGAUCCAGGAAGAUGGCAGGUCCAGCAGCUUCUGGCAAUUUGGCUUCAAUGGACAGGACCACCUGUCUCUGGACCUAGAGACACUGAGCUGGGUGUCAGCAGAGCCAGUGGCUGUGCGGACCAAGCGCUGGUGGGAGAUGGAGCGCUGCUAUGCAGAGUAUGACAAGGCCUACCUGGAAAGCCUCUGCCUCAUCUCCCUGCACAGGUAUCUGGAGCUGGGAAGCCAGAGCCUCACUUGGAUAGAGCCUCCCAUGGUGCAGGUGACAAAGCACACCACCCAGGAUGGGACCAUGCUGAGAUGCUGGGCCUUGGGCUUCUACCCACCAGACAUCUCACUGAGCUGGUGGCUGGGUAGGAAGGAGCUGGUCCUGGAGACUGAGCAUGUGGAGACACGCCCCAGUGGGGAUGGCACUUAUCAGACAUGAACAUCAGUUCGGGUGCCAGCUGGGAAGGAGGCCUGGUAUACCUGCCACGUGCAGCACCCUGGCCUGAAGCACACCCUCACUGUGGCAUGGGACUCAUCCUCUAUUGGCAAUGACAGUGGCAAUGGCACACUACUUGGUGGGGUCACUGUCCUGGUCUUUGUUGGGCUGGUAGCUGUAAUUGUGAUACUGAAAAAGAAGUGUCUUCAAGGUGGAGAAGAUAAUCUUAACUCCCAAAGCCCAGCAAGGACAGAAGCUGCUCAGACUCUCUGCUGAUUAAAAUUCCCCAUUACAAAAUCAAGGAAGUAUUUUGUAGGGGCAUUUUGGGUCCCCUAGAGAAACCCUAAACUAACUGGCUGAUAGCUGUGAUCUGACCACAAAGAGUCUAUCCUAUCUUCUUAUUUCUGCCAGCCUCCUUAUACAUGAUAUCUGCAACUGAUAUGGUUUUUCCAUUCCUGAAGUCAUUCUAAAAAAUCUAAUCAUUUCAGGGCUCAGGAUGUAGUUUAAUUGUAGAACAUUUGCCUAGCCUAUAUAAGACUAUGGGCUCCAUCCCCCAGCAUUGCAAAAAAAAUAAUACCAAACAAAAAAAUCUAAACAUUUCCUGUUGGGGGCAGAUAGAAGGGCAGUAAUAACAGUUCCUCAGAUCUGUUUCCCACUUGACAAUUUGCAGAAUGAUUUCAUGUUAUAUAUCUAUAUCUAUCUAUCUAUCUAUCUAUCUAUCUAUAUCUAUAUCUAUAUCUAUAUAUAUAUAUAUCUCACACUUGAGCCUCAUGGGCAUCCUGUGGAUUUGGCUACAUUAUUCUUAUCCCCACUUCCCUGACUUGGAAACUGAGGCUCCAAUCAGUUAAGGGAAAACCGGAACAACAGUUAGGAGGAAUUAUAUGGACAAUGUCUUGGCAUCCAUCUGUUAGUACUGAGAAGAAAUUUAUGAAUAUGUGCCUAUUUUUUUUUAAUUUUUUAUUGUGGGUUGUUCAAAACAUUACAAAUUUCUUGACAUAUCAUAUUCCACACUUUGAUUCAAGUGGGUUAUGAACUCCCACCUAAAUAUGUGCCUAUUUUUAGAAAUAUGUUCUUGUAUGUAUAUAUGACCCCCUUUUGUAAAGAAAAUAGAGUGGUCAAGGUGACAGUGUCCUGUUUAUGUGGAAAACUCAAAAGGACAGAUGCCCAGGAGUCUAUUAUUUACUUGCAGGCAGCUGGAGGAUGGGAAACAACACACAGUCCUAUUUUAUUUCCUGUCCUUUUGAAUGGUUUGAGUUUUGACAGUGAACACAUGUUACUUGCUACAAUAAGGGAAAUAUCUGUUUUUGCUGUGUCAUAUGGAAAUGUUUAAGUGUGAAACUCAGGAAAGGCUCUCAGCCUCACCUUCCAAUAGGGCAAAACCCUCAUGUCUCCUUUGAUUAUGCAACAAUAGCUGGGUGUGAGAGCACACACCUGUCAUUCCAGCUACUGGCAAUGCCAACUACUCAGGAGGCUGAGAUAGGAAGAUCAUAAUUUCAAGGUCAGACUGUACACCUUAGUGAGAUCCUGUCUCAAAAUAAUUUUUAAGAAGGGCUAAGGAUAUAGCUCAGUGGUAGAGCACUUGCCUAGUGUGCACAAGGCCCUGGGUUCAAUCUCAAGUUCCAAGAAAACAAAAACAGUUAUCGUCUCAUAGGCUAUAUGAUAUGCAAGGGGCUGGUGGGUUGGAAUGGAGAGGAAGCCAGGGACUCGGGCAAGUAAGUGUUUCACUGUUAUGGGGUUGUUGGAUUUCAGUGGAUAAUGGACUCAUGGAGGAGCCUCCUCUGCCUCUUCUUCAUCAUGUUUGUCCUCUAGCUAGGAGCCUACCGGAUCCACAGGAACCAUGACAGAGCCUUCUUACAAGAACUUCUGAAACUUCCAUGUUCUACUUCUCUGGGAAACCAAAGCCCAAGAAUGUGAAAGACUUUGAUACUACAAAAAAUUUUCCAGCCUGUGCUGUGGCCUGCAGGGCCUCAACAGUGAGCUAGUAAUUUAGAUCUUAUUGAAGAAUGGCACUUAAAUGUCUGUCUCAGUGACACCAAGGUUUUCUAUGUGUAUUAUCAAGCAAGGUUCUAAGCACUUUACUUUCAUUAAGCUGUUUAAUCCUCCUAACAUGCAUAUGUGGAAGAAUAAUCCUGUGCUGUGGGUGAAAAACCUGAGGUCCAGAGAGGGUGAGCCAUAGGCAGAGCUGUAAUGAGACCAGGCAGUCUGACUGCCAUCUGUGUGAUUCACCACUGCACCAAGUCUCAACGACAACUAUGCUGUUCUGUAAAUGUGCAGUUAAGUACAGGUCUCCAAUCCUUUACCUGCAAUUCUAAAAUGCAAAAACACCCAAAAGCCAAGGGUUUUUUCCUAAUUUGGGCAUCAAACCUGACCCGAACUGAAGUGAGAUCAUUUAUACCCUUAAUUUCUUCUAGUGUGCCUUUUUGCAAUUCUCUACUGAAAUGCUAAUAUAUUCAACAUCUGCCAGAUAGAAUCCUUUCUAAUAUUCAAGGAAUUAUAAAUACAUCUGACCCAAAGGUUUCAAGUAAGGGAUUAUGGACCUGUAUUAAUAAAGUUUUACAGUAAUAAACAUGUUUUAAUUUCACUGAUAAAAACAGAGUUCUCUGGCUGGAUGGUUGGAGUGGAGUCUAGCUAAAAGGCGAGUCUGGGCAUGAGUGCCUAGGUACACCCAACCCUUCUUCCCUGAGUAGAAGGGGUGGCAGAAGCAGGUUGGAGGAAGCUGCUGGCUGUCCAGUCUUAUUUCACAUUGAUACAGCUGUUUCACCUUUCUGUGCCUCUCUCCCAAGACUUCAGACUCCUCUGGAUCCCCAGACCUACAGCUGAUUUAAUCUACCCCCAAACCCUACCCCCUCGAAGUUAGAUCCUUUAUGGGUAAGGAUAGGACUUAGGCUGGCAUCUUGCAUGGCUUCUUUCAGGACAGGGGGUUUAUAGAAGGUCAGGGAGCUUUUAGACUGAGGUGGACCUGUCCUCCUAGGAUUGGUUUACAUAAGUGAGAGCCCUGGGAAUAAGGACAUGGAAGUUCCUAUCUAGAUCUGUACUUUUCCAUGUCCAGGACCCUAAAUGCCUCUAGUGCUGAGGGCUUAUAGGACCAUCUCUUCCAAUGUGGAAAAAGGGCAGAGAGGCCAUGGGCUGUACAGAGGACAGCAGCAGACCUCAGGCUGCGUACCACUGUAAGGAUAAGGUCACUUCAGUCUUCUUAAUGGCCUUAUUGGCUACUUAUUUUAAAAGCUGCCUGAACACAUCUACAACUAUCCUUGAUAUCUAUCAGCAACCCUUGCUUUGGUACCUCACUGCCUUUUUAUGCUGGCUUUCCCCACCUUGGUGGUCAGUGCAGGCCCCUCAGCUCACAUGGCCUUCUCACCUAGGCAUGACACCUGCAUGGAAGCCACAGGACCUUAAGGGCAGGGGGAUGGUGGACAGAAGAGCUCUGACUAGAAGGAGAGCAGAUAGCCACUGUAGUGGCCUCCUGGCCUAAAGGACUUUCUUCCACUUAAUCUUCAGUCUUUAUCUUCCCACUUCUGGAGCAUCCCUCAUCCUAACUUCUUGUUCUCAAGAGUCCCCCAAGGCGUCCCAGACAACAUCUGCCAGAUAGAAUCCACCAUUCCUCUUGCUAAGGGAAAUGCUGUCCUGAGCUUCAGGCAGUGUCUACUACUUAACUGGAUUAUGAGACCCUUGGCAACUGGACAUGACUUUGACUAUUUUUUUAAUUGUAUUUUACUUAGAGGUUAGUUCAGUUUUUAACCAUGGACAUAUAAAUACAUUUUGGAAUUUGAGGGAUCCUAAAGCAUCUCUAUAAGCCUCUGAUAACUUUGCACACUAAUCCCCCACAACUUCUACCCAAUUAUCAUACUGCCUCCCUCCCAUAGAUUUUGCAGCUUUUCUCUGUGUUUUAGUCAGCUUUCCCUCACUGGGAAAAUACUUGAGAAAGACAACUUAAAAGGAGGAUUUGUUUUGGGCUCGUGGUUCCAGAGGUUUUAGCCAUAGUCACUUGGCCCCAUUGUUUUGAGACCUAUGGCAUAGCAGAAUAUCACAGUGGAGGAAACCUCAUGGCAGCCAGGAGGCAAAAAAGAGGAAAGGGCUGGGGUCCUAAUGCGCCCCCCCCCCCCAGGUGCACACACCCAGUCACCUAACUUCUUUCCACUAGGCCUCACAUCCUAAAGUUCCACCACUUUCCAGCAACACCAUAGACUGGCUACUAAGCUUUCAAAACAUAGGUUUUUGAGGGACAUCUAAGAUCCAAACCAUAACAUUAUGUAAACAUGUCCCUGCAGGGGAUGUUCUAAGACCCUAGCUUGAACAUCAGCUUGCUGGGGGAACACCUGCUGCUGACUGGAUCACAGAACGUUCAAGGUACUCUGUGACUUUUGGUCAGGGCGUGGAAAGAAAGUGGGGAAAACUAGAGGACACUGCAGGACCCCCAAAAUAUAUAUAAUUUUAGGAAUGGGAGGUGAAGGGCAAGUUAGGAGGGCUCUGAGCACCUUUGGAAGCAGAGAAGAGGCCUGCAAAUCUGGCAAGGUCAUGAUGAAAGCUUUGCAGUUUCUUCCCCCAGAUCACAGACCCCUGAGAAAAACAGCCUUCCCACCCAGCAGGGCACAUUGAUUUAAGUGUCCUGAGGGCACCACCACUGGCCACUGCUGGCACUGCUUCCCUCCCUGUGCCCAGACUGGACUGGCCUUGGGAUCUCACUGUAGGAAGACAGGGGUUCUCCCCAACUAGUGGAGUGCCUAGUUCUUGGACAGCCCUGAGAUCUACCCCCUAUUGGUACAAAUCUCUCCUGCUAACCACUCAGGAGUUUAGUUUCAAAAUAGCAACUGUGGGCUGGGGAUGUGGCUCAAGCAAUAGGGCGCUCGCCUGGCAUGCGUGCGGCCCGGGUUCGAUCCUCAGCACCACAUACAAACAAAGAUGUUGUGUCUGCCGAAAACUAAAAAAUAAAUAUUAAAAAAAAAAUUCUCUCUCUCUCUCUCACUCUCUCUUUAAAAAAAAAAAAAAUAGCAACCAUUUGGGCCAUCAGUAUUCAGAGAAGUUUCUGGCUGCUCUGGUAGCUGGAUGCUUUGUGAUUAUGUGAAUGAAUAAUUGAGUUUAUUUUUUUUUAAUUUUUUAUUCUUUUUAGUUAUAUAUGACAGUAGACUGUAUAACUUCACACUUCUAUGGCUGUACAUGAUGUGGAGUUACACUGGUUGUGUAUGCAUAUAUGAACAUAGGAAAAUGUCUGAUUUAUUCUAUUGUCAAUGAAUUUAUUCAUUACUGUCAUAAUGAAUUUAUUCAUGAACAAUAGUGAAUUGUAGACAUUCAAUGGAUAAUAUCAGAAUCCAUAUACACCAAAUGGAAGCCUUUCUUAUAUCCCUACUGUUCCCUGACUUGGAACAAACACCUUUCCACCCUGUGGCCUUCUGGAAUUCUCCAAGUUCAGUUUCUUGCUCUUCCAAGAUUCUCAUGUGGUCUUUCUGGAUAUCCCUACUGUGAGAUUCUCCAUUGUCCACAACCACAUCUUCCAUGGGGCCAUUAUGAACCUAUCACCCAAGUCAGACAAUGAAAGCAGGGCCUGGGCCAAGCAGAGAGACAAGCACAAAGGCCAGCAGAACUUGUGAGCAUGUCUUUUUUUUUCUCCUCUUAACUUCUUAGAAAAGCUCCAAGACCAUGGUGAAAAUGGAAGAGUAACUGAGGACACAGGAUGUCUCACGUGUGUCUUUUUAUUUUCUUUGCUACUGUACCAGCCCAUCACCGAAUACAAUUGGCCCUCAAUAACCACAAGUUCCACUUCCAUGGAUUCAACCCACCACAGAUCUAAUAUUCAGGAGGGAAAUGCAUUGGUGCUGAAUAUGUACAGAUUUUUUUCUGGUCUUUAAUCGCUAAACAAUAUACAACAAUUAUUUGCCUAGCAUUUAUAAUGUAUUAGGUAUUAACAGCAAUGUAGAGAUGAUUUAAAUUAUCUGGAAAUAUACACUUAAGUUAUAUGCAAAUGCUAUGCCAUUUCAUAUAGAGGACUUAAGCAUCUGACAAUUUUGGUAUAAGUGAGUGGUCCUGGAACCAAUUCCCAUGGAUACAGAGGGAUGACUGUAGUAAGAUCCAGAACAGAGCUCCAGAGCCUCACCUCAAGGUAAACAGCUGGGGAGAAGGGAGUCAGCUUUCCAGCUGCCCACACUUAAGGUUGAACUCCUAGCCAGGUCUCUUUCGACCCUCUUCCUCCACAAUAAUGGAACUACGUAUUACAGCCUGUGCAUUUCCCCACAGUUUGUACCUAGUAAUGUGCAUAAUUAUCAAUUGGAGAUUGAUCUUCUCUCUCUCUCUCUCUCUCUCUCUCUCUCUCUCUCUCUCUCACACACACACACACACACACACACACACACACACACACA